AUGUCGUAUGCCUCCACCAUCGAUCGUCUGAUGCUGCUGCUCAGUGCUUUCAACCUACUGCCACAGGCGAUUCCCAUGCUAUGGGGACAAGACACCCUUCUGACCAUGCUCUCCGGUGAUGAGAAGGCGAAGCUGGAGUCGUCGGGCUUCGCCACAUGGUGCAUUAUGCCACAUUUGGGUUGCUUGCUCCUAGUCCUUGCCCUGCUCUGCGUGCUGGCGACACAGCUGGACCGCAAGCCGCGCUGUGUCGUGCACUUCGUGCUUUUGGUCUACACCGGCUCCGCGAUCUACUAUCAUUACAGGAUGAUGCUAGUACAAGGCCAGGACCCGCUUCCGCCGCCAUGGUUCCGCGAGCCGGAGACCUUCUGGUUUAACGUCUAUGCAAUUAUCUUCAGCACUGCAGUCAACGGAGUUGGUACGAUAGCUGCACUCCUGGGGACAGAUCUGGCUUCAAAAGGUGGAGUCAAGCAAGACUGA